CGGCCCAUGCCGGGUCCGGGAAGCCAGGAGCCCGAGACCCGGGCCUGCAGCCUGAGUAUCGCUGCCGCCAUGGCCCCGCAGCAGCUCUUCCGCGCGCUCGUGUCGGCGCAGUGGGUGGCCGAGACACUGCAAGCCCCGCGUGCCGGGCAGCCCCUGCAGCUGCUGGACGCUUCCUGGUACCUGCCCAAGCUGGGCCGCGACGCGCGCCGCGAGUUCGAGGAGCGCCACAUCCCGGGCGCCGCCUUCUUUGACAUCGACCAGUGCAGCGACCGCACGUCGCCCUACGACCACAUGCUCCCCAGCGCCGCGCACUUCGCCGAGUACGCCGGACACCUAGGCGUGGGCGCGGCCACGCACGUCGUGGUCUACGAUGCCAGCGACCAGGGCCUCUACGCCGCGCCGCGAGUCUGGUGGAUGUUCCGCGCCUUCGGCCACCGCGCGGUGUCGCUGCUCGACGGCGGCCGCCGAACGUGGCUGCGCCAGGCCCUCCCGCUCAGCUCUGGCAAGAGCCGCCCAGCACCUGCCGAGUUCCGCGCCCAGCUCGACCCCGCCUUCGUCAAGACUUACGAGGACAUCAAGGAGAACCUGGAAUCCCGGCGCUUCCAGGUGGUGGACGCCCGCGCCGCCGGCCGGUUCCGCGGCACUGAGCCAGAGCCCCGAGACGGCAUCGAGCCCGGCCACAUCCCCGGCUCCGUGAACAUCCCUUUCACAGAUUUCCUGACCCAGGAGGGCCUGGAGAAGAGCCCUGAGGAGAUCCGCCACCUGUUCCAGGACAAGAAGGUGGACUUGUCCCAGCCCCUGGUGGCCACGUGUGGCUCUGGUGUCACGGCCUGCCAUGUGGCACUGGGGGCCUAUCUCUGCGGCAAGCCCGACGUGCCCAUCUAUGACGGCUCCUGGGUGGAGUGGUACAUGCGUGCCCAGCCCGAGGAGGUCAUCUCCGAGGGCCGGGGGAAGACCCACUGAGGCCGGGCAGGACACGGCGAGCUCAGUGAUGCCUAGCACAGCAUUGCCAGCCCGGUGGUUCUCGCUGCUUUAACCGAGACAGUGUUCUUUACCCACGCAGGCGGCUUUGGGGUAUCAUCCCCGAGGCCAGGAUUUCUGUGGUCUCUGGGGUUCUGGUGGGCUUCAGGUGGCGGGUGCACUGGGUGGGAAGGCCCUCAUGGUGCUGCACUGGGGCCCCUGACUACUUCCGUUUUACUGUGGAGGAAAUAAAACAGCUAAGUGUUAAGUGCUGGUA